GUAUUCCCUCUUGGCUUUGAACUGGAGUAGCCGCCUUUCCUCUCACAAAUAGUAGCGUUGUAUGUCCAUGAACAAGAACUAAGAACCAAAUUCCUUUAGCCGAGCUGUGACUAUCUGAUAUGAGAGAAUUACUUCAUCACCAAGUUUACUGUUUCAGAUGUCUAUAGGAAAUCAAUGAAGUCGACCAACGCAGUAUAAAAUAAGGAAACAAGAAGAGGAAGAUUUAGCCUAGACUACUUCUGGACUAGUUUGCAAGCUCUCCAAUCGGAAUAUAUAACAACCGUUUGAAGUUGUUACAUCUUGAGAACGGCAACAAUUUACCAUUGCAAGCCGCAGUCCACGACUUGGUUGAAGUUGCGCACGUCUCGUGGUAGCGCGCACCACCAUCGUGAUCAUUUCCUCGCGGUUACUUCACCUAAACUACCACGACGGCAAGGCCAACCAUGGUGAACAGCCGGGUGGAGGCAUCAGCCGUGGCGGUGACAGGGGGCGGCGGUGGCUCGGCAGGCAGGUCAUGCGCGGGCUGUGGUGGGCGCAUCGCCGACCGCUUCCUGCUCUUCUCCAUGGAGCGCUACUGGCACACGCGCUGCCUCAAGUGCUCCUGCUGCCACGCCCAGCUGGGCGAGAUUGGCACCACCUGCUACAGCAAAGGGGGCAUGAUCCUCUGCAAGAACGACUACAUCAGGCUGUUCGGGCACAGCGGGGCAUGCAGCGCUUGUGGCCAGUCCAUCCCUGCCAGUGAGAUGGUGAUGCGGGCACAGGGCAAUGUGUACCACCUCAAGUGUUUCACCUGUGCCACCUGUAGAAACCGGCUGGUGCCGGGCGACCGCUUCCACUAUGUCAAUGGCACCAUCUUCUGUGAGCACGACCGGCCAGGGGGCGCCCUGCUCAGCAGUCACCUGACCUCGCUGCAGGGGAACGGCAUGAUGCCCGACCAGAAGGUCUGCUGAAGAAGAAUGGGUGACAAAGCAACGUGUGCCUUCUCCUCCCCCGCCUCCUCCUCCUCCUGCUCUUCUUCCUUUUCCACCCAUAAGUUUGUCCUGCACCAUCCAUCCCAUCCUUCAGAUAUUCCGAUAUCCGUACUCCAGAUACUGCUGCCAGUGUCCCAUUAGCUUUCCCAGUAACACGGCAUUUCCCCCAAAAUAAUGUUUAUUCUGGUCAUAGAGAAUAAUGUUCUCAACCUUGACAUAAUUGAAGUCUCCUGCUUCAAGGGAAAGAUGUGGAGGAGGGAAAGACUGUUGAUGAUGGAAGAGGAUGAUUUAUACUGUCAAACCAGUGUCUGUUUUCGGUAAGUCCAUUGGUGACUGACUUGCAUAAGACUGACUUGUAAUGCCCUGAGAGGACUAUGGCAUUUCCAGUGAUGGACCAUCCUUGAUGUAGCACCUUUCCCUAGCCAGCACAAAACUACAGGGAGAGGGAGAUGCCACAGACCAAUAAAUAUAAACUGGUUCUCGUCCGGAGCUGUUUCAACCAAGCUACAGUUUAAUGACUCCCGAAACACGAAGAGUGUGUUCAAAACAAGAUCGCCACAUGAAUACACAGACACACACUCUCUGAGCUCAGACUCUAGGCCCUUUCAUGUGUCGGAUUGAGGGAAACAGGAAAUACUUUGGUUGUAGUGCUAUGCGACCGUAGCUUUUGCCCCCUUGACGUUCCUGAACUCUCAUUCCUGAACUCUCAUUGGCUCACUCGAACUGUCGAGUUAGGCCGAACGAGGAAUGAUCAAAUACACCUGCCUGGAUGUCUCGUCUACUUUCAAAAAUAUACUCUCUGUGUACUAAAUGAAGAAUGCCUGUAGAAUAUUCAUCAAAACAUACCUUUUAGUCCCAUGAUUAUUUUGUACUGCGAGUGGUUGCCUUGUGUUUCUCGAUUGUCUUCGAUAUUUAGUUAUGUUUUCAGGUGAAGAUGGUUCCUGGGGUUAGUAAAUGUACUCCUGUUUAUGGGAACAUACAAAUAUGCAUUUGUAAUUGUUGUUUAAAAAAUUUGGCCGGUGAGAAUUGUUAUUCCAACAUGACUUUGCAGCAGUGCUCUAUACGUCUUAAUGUAUUGUUGUUAUGUGGUGGUGGAAGAGGACAAGGUCAAAGUUGAACUGGUCCACAUAUAACCAGGGUCGUGUUGAGUAGGGCUCACUGUAGAUAGAAAGCAGAAAUAAGUGUUUGUUAUUGGAGAGGCCAUGUAGUCCCUCGCUGUUUCAGGCCUUUUUUUUCCGUUUGGUACCUAAUGAACACGACCCAGGUUGAGGGAAGAGGAGAGCGGCAUUGGGAUGGAGAGAUGUAAUAACUGUACAUACCUUUUCUAGUGCUAUUAUUGUAUUGUGGUCUAUGGUUGAAUUGCGUCUUUGUGUGGCCUAAAACAUCUAUAUGGAGAAAAAAAGUACUUUCUAAAUAACUAUAAUAAUCAUAAUAUUGCCAGUCACCUGUGUCGUGUCUGUAAUGAGUGUUUGGAUAAUAUUUACCUGCCGUUUGUGUGCGCGUGUGUAGCGAGGUGUGACAAAUAGCGCUUUCACACCGAAAGGUAAAGCUCCCGGACUCAGACAAACAUGGCCGAUUACCCUCAGGAAUGGAAUUUCAAAGGCUUGAGCUGGGGCCAUUACAGAAGCAAUUAAAGUGGGAUACGCUGGAGGCCAAGGCUUUAGCUGAAGUCCUGUGCCGGAGUCUAAUGAGGCCUAAUCUGGUGAGCUGGCCUAAUUAAAAGGGAGGGACCCCUUUCCUGUGGGUGCUGAGUAGAGCAGUCCAGCUGUUGACUUUACAGUGCUCACAAUGCAACAACAAACUGAAAUAAAUAAGCCAACCCUUUUUCUCUUACCUAUAACUCCAUAUAACUUUUCUUUUUUUCACUGCGUAUGAAUUUGACAUUUUCACUUCUUUGUUGAGUUCUUUACUUGGAAGUUAGGGUAUAGGGCCUCUACAUAUAGUAGGGUAUAGGGCCUCUACAUAUAGUAGGGUAUAGGGCCUCUACAUAUAGUAGGGUAUAGGGCCUCUACAUAUAGUAGGGUAUAGGGCCUCUACAUAUAGUAGGGUAUAGGGCCUCUACAUAUAGUAGGGUAUAGGGCCUCUACAUAUAGUAGGGUAUAGGGCCUCUACAUAUAGUAGGGUAUAGGGCCUCUACAUGAAACCCCCCCCCCCAGAUCUUGUUUAUUUAAUUAGCUAAUUAAACUUCCAUCUUAUAGGUAGGUACCUUUGGCCUAGAAAUCACAGUCAGCUUUUAUGAUCUUCUUUUAUUUCUUAUUCCGUGACUUUUCUACAGAGAGAAAUUAAAACCAAACAUGCAAUAGGCCUACAAAGAAGACAGAAAAAAAACACUGAAGUAGCCAGCUGUGACUUUUCAAAUGAAUGUUCCCAGAGAAAACUCUACCAUAAGCAUUGUGGUGUGUGUCGGUGCCUCAGCAGUUCCUCUUUUAGGGUUAGCCAAUUAGGUUCACACUCAAAAUAACAAUGAGUGUUUUAAUGGCCGGAUUUCAAAGCAUUUCUUUGGUAAUGAUGUAGAAUGGUUUUAAAGGAUGAACACAUUCCUCGGGUUCUUCAAACAUAAUCCAAACCUGAGCAUGAGUUUCAAAUCUUAAAAAAAAAAAACGUUUUUGUCAAGGUAUUUUGGGCAUUCCUCAGUUUGUUUCUAAUUAGACUCCCAUACUUCCAUAGACACAAGUGGGGUUCAAUCAUAAUAACCAGAAUAAACCUGAUCUGAAAGAACUACGUAAGAGAAAGCAAUAUACCCAAUAUAUAUAAGAACACCUACAGAAGCACCUAUCUGACAUAUUGUAGAACCUGUUAUCGCAUUGGAGGUACCUAUCCAGUCAUUUUAGAUCAGUGUGGAUGUUUUAAAAUCAGUUCAUUUUUAAAACGUAGGAGUAUUGCAUACUGAUAACAGCCACACAAUCCGUCUCUAUACCUGUUCUAACCAAUGUGGCACCCAAUGUUUCAUUUGUAUACCUAGUCUAAUGACCAUUUGAUCCAGUAGCUUGAUCAAAAUACAUGGACAACUUAUCAGAACAUUUCUCUUAACUGUUCAGUUUAGGUUUAAAGACACUGAAAAUGAUCAAGAAACUGAAGCAAUUGUAUUAUCGGUAUCUUAUUCACAGGGGAUUCCAUAAAUAAACACUUUUUGCUGA